CAAGUUCAAAAACAAUGAAGCAGAUUUUCCUACUACUUUUCUUUAUUGGAUUUAUUGGCCAUAAAGCACGAGGCAAUUAUGAUGAUCCAGCACCGGGUCGAUCGCCAGGUCCACCAUUACAACAAACAUCAUCAUCAUCACAAUUAGCAAAUGAUUUUUAUUCAAUUGAGGGGAGUCAUGAAGCAUAUCGGCCUCACGAAACAUCAAGUAAAUUACAAAAACAGCAACAGCUACAGAACAAUAAUAAUGAUAAUAAUCCAGAAGUAGAAACGAUAAUGAACAAUGAAAAUCGAUUUAGUGACAUUUUCUCAAGUAUGAGUCGUGAGAAUAUAGAAUAUCAUGACAAUACUAAUGAGAAUGAAAAUAAUCAUGAUUUUAUUGCCACGACUAAUGAUGAUGAUGGAAAUGAUGAUAUGAUUAACAUUCACAGACAAAAAUUGAUAAUCAAUAAAUCAACGGAAACGCUCCAGCAAAAUGAUAGCGACGAUGAAACGGCAUUAAAUGCCUUAAAAAAUUCAUCAUUGUCCUUACAACCGACACAAUAUGUCUCUAGUUCAAGUAGACCUAAUUUAGAUACAAUCAUAAUGAAUAGCAUAAAUCCGAUUAGUGAAAAUAAUGCCAAUGAAACAAUAAAAAUGAUGAAAAUGGUUGAAUCGGUUAAAAGUGAUGGCUGCGGCCCAAGUGCUAAAAUCUUGAAAUACUUGAGUCUCGGUGAUAAAGUUGUGAAAAUAAAUUUAAGUGAUUCUGAUAAGGAAUCAUAUGAUUCAAGGAUACCAAAUGGAAUGGGAAGGUUACGAAUUUACGUCACUCAUGACGUCUUUAGUACGGAAACGAGUUUGCUUGCUGGAAUUAUUUAUAAAGUUGAAGUUCCUCAACCUCAGCCACGCGAUAUCAUUGAUUUCAUACUCGAGUCGACGACGGAAAAUGGAAAUGUAAUAGGAAUAUUUCCAGAGACACCUGUAGAUUAUCAUCGAAACGGUUAUGCCAAUGAAGUUGUACGAAAUGGUAUUCAACAAAUCGUAACGUCGGAUAGUGAUAAUAAAAAAUUAGAUGCAAAUCGUAAUAGCAAUAACAAAAAGCAAAGCGUUAUUGAGCAUAAUGACUGUGAACGAAACGUACUUUAUCAUAAAUUUAGCUUAAGUGACGAAAAAGUGACACUCAAUUGGACAACUGGCGAUGUUAAGCUGUCGAACGAAAGCAUUUUAGUAAAUUUUCGGUAA